CGCGAAGCGCCCCCUCCCCCCGCCCCCAGUGCCUCGCGGGGUGCCCCCUCUUUUUCCCCCUCCAACAUGGCAGAGGCGGCGGGCGCCGGCGAUCCUGGAGGCCUCUCGGCGGGGUCCGAGAAGGAUGGCGGCGUCGACGGCUGUCGGACGGUGUACUUGUUUGACCGGCGUGGGAAGGAGUCGGAGCUCGGGGACCGCGCGCUGCAGGUCUCGGAGCGCGCGGGCUACGCGGGGCUCCACGCUGCCGUGUGUCAGGAAAUUGGCAUUUCAUCUGAAGAAAAAUUUGUUAUUACAACUACAAGUAGGAAAGAGAUUACCUGUGAUAAUUUUGAGGAAACUGUUAAAGAUGGAGUCACUCUGUACCUGCUACAGUCUGUUGACCAAUCAUUAUUGACUGCGACAAAAGAAAGAAUUGACUUCCUCCCUCACUAUGACACUCUGGUUAAAAGUGGCAUGUAUGAGUACUAUGCGAGUGAAGGACAGAACCCUUUGCCAUUUGCUCUUGCAGAAUUAAUCGACAAUUCCUUGUCAGCUACUUCUCGUAAUGUUGGUGUUAGGAGAAUACAGAUCAAAUUGCUUUUUGAUGAGACACAAGGAAAACCUGCUGUGGCAGUGGUAGAUAAUGGAAGAGGAAUGACCUCCAAACAGCUUAACAACUGGGCUGUGUAUAGGCUAUCAAAAUUUACACGACACGGUGACUUUGAAAGUGAUCACUCAGGGUAUGUUCGGCCAGUACCAGUACCUCGCAGCUUGAAUAGUGAUAUUUCCUAUUUUGGUGUUGGAGGCAAACAGGCUGUUUUCUUUGUUGGGCAGUCAGCCAGAAUGAUAAGCAAGCCUGUAGACUCCCAGGAUGUUCAUGAGCUUUUGCUUUCUAAAGAAGAUUUUGAGAAGAAGGAAAAAAAUAAAGAGGCAAUAUACAGUGGAUACAUUAGGAACAGAAAGCCAGCUGAUUCUGUUCACAUUACGAGUGACGAUGAAAGAUUCCUACACAGUCUCAUUGCGGAGGAGAAAGCGAAGGAGAGCUUCACUGCUGUGGUCAUUACGGGGGUGCAGCCAGAGCACAUACAGUACUUGAAAAACUAUUUUCAUCUUUGGACACGACAGUUAACGCAUAUUUAUCAUUAUUAUAUUCACGGACCAAAAGGAAAUGAAAUAAAUGCAGCAAAAGAAGUUGGCCCUUUCAACAAUAUCGAUAUUGAAAUUUCUUUGUUUGAGAAAGGGAAGACACCUAAGAUUGUCAAUCUAAGGGAAAUACAAGAUGACAUGCAGACAUUGUAUAUAAACACUGCGUCUGAUAGCUUUGAGUUCAAGGCUCAUGUUGAGGGAGACGGGGUAGUGGAAGGGGUCAUCCGAUACCACCCCUUCUUAUACGACAGAGAGACGUACCCUGACGACCCGUGCUUCCCAUCAAAAUUAAGAGAUGAAGAAGAAGAUGAUGACUGUUUCAUACUUGACAAAGCAGCAAGAGGGAAAAGACCAAUUUUUGAAUGUUUUUGGAAUGGACGACUAAUACCAUAUACAUCAGUUGAAGACUUUGACUGGUGUGCUCCUCCUAAGAAGAGAGGGCUUGCCCCAAUUGAGUGCUUUAAUAGAAUAUCUGGUGCAUUGUUCACUAAUGACAGAUUUCAGGUCAGCACAAAUAAACUGACGUUUAUGGAUCUUGAGCUGAAAUUGAAAGAUAAGAACACCCUUUUUACAAGAAUUUUAAAUGGACAGGAGCAGAGAAUGAAAAUUGACAGAGAAUUUGCUCUAUGGCUGAAGGACUGUCAUGAAAAGUAUGACAAACAAAUAAAAUUUACACUUUUUAAAGGAAUAAUCACCCGUCCAGAUCUUCCCUCUAAAAAGCAAGGCCCCUGGGCAACAUACUCAGCAAUAGAAUGGGAUGGAAAAGUAUAUAAAGCAGGACAGCUGGUCAAGACAGUCAAGACACUUCCUCUCUUUUACGGAAGCAUCGUAAGAUUCUUCCUUCAUGGUGAUCAUGAUGGAGAAGUGUAUGCUACGGGAGGUGAAGUUCAGAUCGCAAUGGAACCCCAGGCGCUGUAUGAUGAAGUGAAGACCGUGCCCAUUGCGAAGCUGGACAGGACAGUAGCCGAGAGGACAGUUAAGAGAUAUGUAGAAGAUGAAAUGGCAAGGCUCCCUGAUAGAUUAUCUGUAACGUGGCCUGAAGGAGAUGAAUUAUUGCCAAAUGAAGUUAGGCCUGCUGGAGCCCCCAUUGGAGCACUAAGAAUUGAAAUACUUAAUAAGAAGGGGGAAACUAUGCAAAAGCUGCCAGGACCAAGUCAUGGAGGAUCAAAGAAGCUGCUGGUCGAACUUAAAGUUAUACUACACACUUCAAGUGGAAAUAAAGAAAUAAUUUCACAUAUCAGUCAACAUGGAGGAAAAUGGCCUUACUGGUUUAAAAAAAUGGAAAAUAUCCAGAAACUAGGUAAUUACACAUUGAAAUUACAAGUGGUAUUGAAUGAAAGUAAUGCAGACACCUAUGCAGGAAGAUCACUACCAUCAAAAGCAAUUAAAUUUUCUGUUAAAGAGGGCAAGCCUGAGAAGUUUUCAUUUCGUCUUCUGGAUUCCCCUUUUCGUGUUGGAGUCCCAUUCAAUAUUCCUCUAGAGUUACAGGAUGAAUUUGGUCACACUACCCAGCUACUAUCUGAUAUCCAGCCGGUUCUUGAAGCGAGUGGCCUGUCUUUACAUUAUGAAGAAAUAACCAAAGGCCCAAACUGUGUAAUUCAAGGUGUCGUAGCUAAGGGUCCGGUUAACUCUUGUCAAGGCAAGAAUUUUAAUCUGAAGGUUACUCUUCCGGGUUUAAAAGAAGACUCACAGAUUUUGAAAAUUAGGUUGCUGCCUGGUCCUCCUCAUCGACUAAAAGUGAAACCUGACUCAGAAAUUCUAGUUAUAGAGAAUGGAACGGCUUUCCCAUUUCAGGUGGAAGUUGUGGAUGAGUCAGAUAACAUAACAGCACAAACAAAGCUGAUUGUCCAUUGUAAGUUUUUAGGUGCUCCAGGCCUACCAGUCUACAGCGUGGAUUGCAGUAGCUCCGGAACCAGCAUCCUCACAGGGCCAGCGAUUCAAGUUCAGAACAUUAAGAAAGACCAGACGCUGACUGCCAGGAUUGAGAUACCUAGUUGUAAAGAUGUGUCACCUGUGGAAAAGACUAUCAAGUUACUUCCCAGUAGCCACGUUGCUCGCCUACAGAUAUUUAGUGUAGAAGGACAGAAAGCAAUCCAGAUCAAACAUCAUGAUGAGAUUAAUUGGGUUGCAGGUGAUGUGAUGCGCAAUCUAAUUUUUCAAAUGUAUGAUGAAGGAGAGAGAGAAAUCAAUAUCACACCAUCCUUGGCAGAGAAGAUUAAAGUUAACUGGACCCCUGGGGUUAACAAAGAACAUUUGCUGCAAGGUCUGCUUCCUGAUGUGCACGUGCCAACAUCUGUGAAAGACUUGCGCUACUGCCAGGUGUCUUUCCAAGAUGAUCAUGUGUCUCUGGAAAGUGCCUUUACAGUAAGACCACUUCCUGAUGACCCCAAACAUUUAAAGUGUGAGUUAAAAGGAGGAAAAACAGUCCAGAUGGGUGAAGAGCUUCAAGGAGAAAUAGUUGUAAUAGUUGCAGAUCAGUAUGGAAAUCAGAUUUCGGCAUUUUCACCAGAUUCCUUAUCUACUUUAUCAGUUGCUGGAGUUGGACUUGAUAGCUCAAACUUGAAAACUACUUUCAAGGCCAACACACAGAGUAUAAGUGUACGAGGCAUUCGAUUUACGCCAGGUCCUCCUGGACAUAAGGAUCUUUGUUUUACUUGGCGUGAGUUUUCUGACUUUAUUCGUGUGCACCUUGUUUCUGGACCUCCAGCCAAGCUGCUGCUCAUCGACUGGCCAGAGCUAAAGGAGUCUAUUCCAGUGAUUAAUGGAAGGCAGUUACAGAACCCUCUCGUCAUUCAACUCUGUGAUCAGUGGGAUAAUCCUGCACUAGUUCCAAAUGUGAAAAUAAGUCUCAUAAAAGCUAGCAGUUUAAAGCUAAUGCCUUCAAACCAACAGUAUAAAACAGAUGAUCAGGGCAGAGCUAAUUUGGGGGUGUUCACUGUUUUUGCUCCAAGGGGAGAACACACACUGCAGGUUAAAGGGGUCUAUAAUAAGAGCAGCAUUGAAGGGCCUGCAAUUAAGUUAAUGAUUCUUCCAGACCCUGAGAAACCCAUCCGUCUCAAUGUUAAAUAUGACAGAGAUGCCUCUUUUAUAGCUGGGGAUGUAUUCACUGAUUUUAUGGUUAGUGUGAUUUCUGAAGGUGGUAAUGUCAUCAAAAAUAUUAACCCAACACGCAUUUCCAUGAAAUUGUGGAAGCUGUCCAGUGGCGGGACCCAGCCACCAGCAAAUGCAGAAACAUUUAGUUGUAAUAAAAUAAAAGAUCAUGACAAGGAAGAUGGCUGCUUCUGUUUCAGGGAAAAAACAAUCCCUAACAAAGUGGGAACAUACUGUAUCCAGUUUGAUUUUAUGCUCGAUAAAACAAAUAUGCUUAACAGUGAACAGGUUAUAGUUGAUGUCCUGCCUAAUCAGCCUAUGAAGUUGGUUCCUGACAUCCAGCCAGCAACCCCAGCUGUUUCUAAUGUUCGCUCCAUGGCCAGCAGGACCUUGGUCAAAAACCUACAUCUCAGUAUUACAGAUAAUUAUGGUAAUCACACCGGAACGGAUCUGGUUGGCACUGUAGUAGCUACCAUUAAAGGCUUUAAUGAGGAGGACAGUGAUGCCCCACUCUUCAUCGGGAAGGUCAGGACACUUGAGUUUCCCUUUGUGAAUGGUUCUGCUGAAAUCACGGCUCUAGUGCUGGCAGAAAAUAGUCCUGGAAGGGAUAGUACUGAAUAUUUUAUUAUCUUUGAGCCUCAACUGUCAACUUUAUCAAGAACAUUAGAGCCAUACAGCCUGCCAUUUAUGUUUUACAACGAUGUUAAAAAACAGCAACAAAUGGCAGCACUGACAAAGGAAAAGGACCAGUUGUCUAAGUCCAUCGUCAUGUACAGAAGCAUGUUUGAUGCCAACAAGCAGCUUGUUGAUGAAAUGAAAUGUCAGGUUGAAGAAGCAAAAUUAAAAGAGGCCCAGCUACGAAAUGAAUUAAAAGCAUACAAUAUUGAUAUUCCUGCAACACAACAGAUACCUCACAUUGAAGCACUUUUGGAAAAAAAGAUAACAGAACAGUAUGAACUUAAAAAAAAGCCCAGAAGAUCAUGUACUCUUCCAAACUACAGUAAACGCAAUGAAGAUAUUUUGGGAAAGAUUGCACAUCUGGCACAAAUUGAAGAUGAUCGAGCUGCAAUGGUUAUUUCUUGGCAUCUGGCGAGUGACAUGGACUGUGUGGUCACCCUAACCACGGAUGCUGCACGAUGCAUCUAUGACGAAACUCAAGGUCGUCAGCAAGUGUUGCCCCUUGAUUCUAUUUAUAGAAAAAAUCUUCCAGAUUGGAAAAGACCUCUACCUCAUUUCCGAAAUGGUAAAUUACAUUUUAAGCCCUUUGGAGAUCCAGUUUUUGCCCGAGAUUUGUUAACAUUCCCAGAUAAUGUUGAACAUUGUGAAACAGUUUUUGGUAUGCUGUUAGGAGAUACUAUUAUUUUGGAUAAUCUAGAUGCAGCCAAUCAUUAUAGAAAAGAGGUUGUUAAAAUCGCACACUGCCCCACACUACUGACUAGAGAUGGAGAUAGAAUUAGAAGUAAUGGGAAGUUUGGGGGCCUUCAGAAUAAAGCUCCUCCAAUGGACAAACUCCGAGGAAUGGUCUUUGGAGCUCCAGAACCAAGACAGUGUAUAGUCUUGGGGAAGCAAAUAGAUCUUAUUCAACAGUACCGCACCGCUGUGUGCAGGAUGAGUGCUGUGAACCAGGACCUGAACAACCAGCUGCAGUACCUUCACACGCCCGACAUGAAGAAGAAGCAGCAAGAGCUCGAUGAGCAGGAAAAGAGCCUGAAGCUAAUAGAGCAAAAACUUGGAAUGACUCCUACACGGAAGUGUAAUGACUCAUUUUGUCACUCACCAAAGAUAGAGUUGACAGAGUGUCCAAUUCCUACUAAAAGAGUGAGAAGAGAAUCCACUAGACAAAAUAGAGAGAAGCAGAAAGGCGAUAACAGAAUGGCUUCCCGCUGUGGAGGAGCACGCCUGAGAGCCCAGUCCGCAAGAAUCAAAAGCCUGACCAUCAAGAGCCAAGGCCAUUUGUGCAGAAUUCCUCACACAUCAGUGAUGAGAGAAUUACCAGAGGACUUGAAAAUGUCCAGAACAAUUGUGAAAUAG